GGCGGUGCUCUCCCGGAGGGCGUCACAGCGGCGGGGCGGUGGGCUCCGGGUGCCGGGCUAGGGGCGGAGCUGGGAGAUGGCGUCCGGAGCGGCUCGCUGGCUGGCCCUGGCAUCCUUGCGAUCCGGGGCUUUCCGGAGCGGGCCGAGCUUGAGGAAAGGUGGUGGUGAUGUCUCCGCCGGAGGAGGUGGCGCAGGUCGGAGCCUGGUACCGUCGAGGUCAGUCAUCGUUACUCGCAGCGGCGCCAUUUUGCCCAAACCGGUGAAAAUGUCCUUCGGCCUUCUCCGUGUGUUCUCCAUCGUGAUCCCCUUUCUCUAUGUGGGGACACUCAUUAGCAAGAACUUUGCUGCUCUACUUGAGGAGCACGACAUUUUUGUCCCAGAGGAUGACGACGACGAUGACUAACAGGACAUGGAGGAAGUACAGAAAGGAGACAGCCCUGACUUAAUCAUGAUAUGGUGAUGCUCACAGCCUCUCCUCCUGCCCUGUCUGAAGGGUGCAGGGAAAGCCCUCAGCCUCCCAACUCCAGUGAAGCCUCCUGCAUCGUCUGUGACUGCAGCCCAGAUCCCCAGGCCCUGGGACAUUCCCACAAAUGUGCUGUCCACUGAGCACCAUCACCUUAUGAAUAAACAUGCUAAACAUCA